GCGGGUUCAGGUUUUAUCGUUUGCUUUCGGCCGCUCGCUCACUCGGAUCUCCCACUCUCAGAGAGGUGGAAGCAGAGCGGAUCAAAUCGAAGCAACAAUGGCGGAAGUUGCGGCUCAAAUCACUCCGGGUGAACCUGCUACCAUUCAAACCGAGGUCAAGUUAUUUAACAAGUGGUCCCACGAAGAAGUUCAGGUCAAUGACAUCUCCGUAACAGAUUAUAUUGCGGUGAACCCAGCAAAGCAUGCUACUUAUGUACCUCAUACUGCCGGGAGAUAUUCAGUCAAGCGCUUCCGAAAAUCGCAGUGUCCCAUCGUUGAGAGGCUAACAAAUUCUCUCAUGAUGCAUGGAAGGAACAAUGGAAAGAAGCUUAUGGCAGUUAGGAUCGUCAAACAUGCUAUGGAAAUUAUCCAUUUGCUGACUGACCAAAACCCCAUUCAAGUUAUUGUUGAUGCUGUUAUUAACAGUGGACCAAGAGAAGAUGCAACUCGAAUUGGGUCUGCUGGUGUUGUGAGGCGUCAAGCUGUUGAUAUUUCCCCACUGCGCCGUGUUAACCAAGCUAUCUAUCUGCUGACAACGGGUGCCCGAGAAAGUGCUUUCAGGAACAUAAAGACCAUAGCUGAAUGCCUUGCUGAUGAACUCAUCAAUGCGGCCAAGGGGUCUUCCAAUAGUUAUGCGAUUAAGAAGAAAGAUGAGAUCGAGAGGGUUGCCAAGGCCAACCGUUGAGAAGUGGGUGUUUGGGUCGGAGUGGAGAAGCUCGCAGCACAAGAUGAUUUUGUUUGGUUUUAUGAGAAUUUUGUUGGGUUGAUAUAAUAUACCUUUAUGUUCAUUCUCCAGACCAUGUUUCAAUUACUGCUAACUGAUUGAUUAUAUUUAAGGAUACCAUUGAUCGUCCCCAUUAUUGGUA